AUGGGAGGCACCACUCUACCCACACUGACUCUGUUGGUUCUCUCCCUCAGCUGGGCUUGUUUUGCUGAGGAGGAUGCAAAGGGUCUCUCUUGCCCCAAACACCAGGAAGCUUUUGAUGGCUCUUGCUACGAGUUUGUGGUUCUACAGCGAUCCUUCCUUAGUGCCCAAGGAUGGUGUGAGCAAGGCGGAGGACACCUAGCUUUUAUUCUGAAUGAUGAAAUCCAGCAGUUCCUCCAGAAGCACCUGGAGCAGGAGAAGGACUGGUGGCUUGGGCUCGCACCUGCAGCUCCAAACCUCACACUCGACUCUGCUUCAACUGAGGGUUCCCUGGCUUGGCUCGACGGCUCAGAUGUCAGCUAUAAUAACUGGGUGAAAUUGCCUGAUGCACAAGCAGCCUGUGGACAUAUCCAGAAACAUUCAGGCUUCCAGUGGGAAGCCACAGGGAACUGUAGCCAGGAGCUGAGCUUCGUUUGCCAGUUUGAAUCUGGGAAAUCAAUUGCAUGUGACGGCCAAAAUGCAACACUGCAGUGUGGCUCAGGUCAGGUCAUAGAGGUAGAUGACAGCUUCUACGGUCGGAAAACUAUUCACUAUUGUCGGUCCAAACACGCCACAGCCACACCUACAUCCACCCAGGAGGAGUGCAGCUGGGUCGAUGUGACAGAUUCUGUAUCAGGUCAUUGUCAUGGACUGCAGGCUUGCCAGGCUCCGGUGGAUGUGAGCUCUUCUGGUGAACCUUGUCCCAUGCUGAGGAGUUACCUGUCUGUGGAGUACCACUGCAAAGAUGGACUCCACCUGUCCAUGAAAAAGCUGGCUGCUGUCUCAGAGGAUGUUUCCUUCACUGUGAAGUGGCUCCUUCAUCCUUUUCAGGGAAACCUCACAUGCACAGUGAACGCUGGAGACGGCCACACCAUCGAUCCAUACAGCCCAGAGGAGAUGGAGAGCACUGUGAUGCACAAAUACAAGCAGCCUGGUGUUUUCAUGGUCGGAGUGGAGUGCACCACCAGUGACUGGCACGUUACAGCUCAGAAAGCCAUAACCAUACAGGAGCCUGUUGGAGAGUUUGGCAUCAUUAAGUGUUAUAGCAGAAAUAUGUCAACAGAUGGUGCUAAAUGCAACGCAAUUCAAGGUCAGCCUGUUUGGAUCCAGGUUGUUGUGGAGGCAGGUACAAAUGUCUCCUACAAAAUUCAACGUGAGGAUCACGUGGUCGCAAACCUGUCUGUAGAAAGAGGGAUCACACCCCACAACUUGACACUGAGCAGAGAGGUGGUAGAGAGGCUUAGACUUGGCUGCAACAACCUGACUCUGAUUGCCUCAAACAAAGUCACAGCACAAACAAUGUCCUCCCAUAUGGAGCUGUGUCUGCUGGAGCCUGUUGAAGGCCUUCAGGCCUCCGUGAUGGUCAGGGAAGAUGUGUGUCCAGACUCCCCUGAUCUCAUUAUUGGUGUUUCAUUGGAGCGAGGAGCCCCUGCAGAGCUGCUCUUCACUCUGACUGGAGCCAAGGAUAACAUCUCUGAGACAAGAGACGUGCUUAACUCCAGCCUACAAGCUUUUACAUUCUCUGACCCGCUUGAAGGAUUGUUGAAGAUAAAUGUACGAGCCAUGAACGCUCUUUCUGUUGCAAAUAUGGACGUGGAUUUGGAGAACAUCCGUCAAGCCUGCCAGAACUACUCUGACCUUUCACCAGACACAUACGGUGACAGAAAUGAGAGUGCUGAGGAAUCUGUCGACUUGAAAAUUGUUAAGACCCCAGACUCCUUGGUUGAUUACAAUCAGAGUGUCACACUGAGUGUAUCUGGAACUGAAUCAUUACCCAGCAAAGGACUCACAUUCAAAUGGAAAUGUAGAGGAAACUGCAAAUGCAGAAGCAAAACAAAGGAUGAAACUCAUGUCAUUGAAAAGGAUUGCCUCCCAAAUCCAUUUGAUGUUUUGAAAUACGUGUUGACUGUGAGCAGGCCAGCCUGGUUCAGGAAAGGGGUCGACCUGGCUUCAGCUUCAACAUGCAUCACUGUAACUCCAAAGAAAUUCACAAGCGUCACCAUCAGUUGUGAGAAUUGCGCUUCAAUAAAUGUGGAGGACAAUGUAAAGCUUAAACUGAGCUGUGGGACGACUUGCCCAGAGGUAGUUUGGUAUAUUGUGGACCCCAAACCUUUGAAGGGCAACCUCAAAAAAUGUUACUCCAAAGCAGGAACAGGGCCGCCUAUAGAGGAGCAGGACGGUAAUACUGAGUAUGUGGUUCAGAGCAAACAUCUAAAGACUUCCAGAGACCACAUGCAGAACAUCAGUGUGAUUGUUUAUGGCAAAGAGCAGCUGGGUUUUGCAAACUUCACUCUACCAAUACCAGGCCCUGAUCCGACUGAACCACCGGAAAACCCCACCACCGCCACCCCCUCGUGUAGCAUCUCUCCUCUAUCAGGAACAGUCCUUGAUGCUUUUGACAUUAAUUGUGAAACAAGUUCUUUCUGCUCUAAGGGCUGCGUUUAUUGCUUCAAAACAGACACAGGCAAACAUCUGCGCUGCAGUAACACCAACAAGGUGAAAUCUGUCUUCCUGCCUCUCGGAGAUAAGAACAACAACCACAGUUUGUCUGUUAUUGUGACCGUGCAAAGUGGAGAUGAGAAAGCCACCACAACUGUCUUGGCUCAGGUCCUGAAAAGCAGCUCCAGCUCCUCGGUGGAGGCUCUCACAUCUGCAGUGAAGGACUCUGUGAGUCAGCUGGAGCAGCAGGGUGUGCUCUCCGGUGAGGCUCUGGGACAGAUAUUCACCUCGGUUUCUGAUAUGCUGAAUUCAGAGUCUGUCCAUGAACAGAUAGAAGAAAGGAGGAAGCUCAGAGAGCAGAUGUUGAACAAAAUGAAUAGAGUGCUCAUGGACACACCCAGCAACACGACACAGGGGGUGCAAGUGACGGCCAGAGCUGUGGCUGGACUGACCCAGCGCCCAGACGAACUCAGUCCCGUUGCUCAGGAAGAAGCUGGCUCAUUGUUAGUAGACCUCAGCUCCUCCCUCAACUCUCUCAGUGAAAAUGAGGACGGUGGUGAUGAUGGAGAAGUUGUGCAGGCAGCUGCUCCCAUAGUUGAAGCAGCCAGUAAUAUUCUGAAUGUUUCAUCAAAUAGAAAAGUCUCAGAUUUUCUUCUUACUGGAAUAAGCAAUGUUCAGAGUGCUCUGCUGAAUAAGAGGAAGCUGAAUGGAGAACCUGCCAUCAUUGAUUCUGGUCACAUCAGUGUGUACGUCAACAGAGUGUCUCCAGGAAACAUGCAGGCGCAGGAUAUAAAUGUCCAGAAGAACAGCUCCUCCAGGUUCUCCUUCCCAACGCUGCCUGCUCAUAUUCUCUCUCCAGAGGAGCCAGUGGAUGUCAGAAUGAUGAGUUUCGAGACAAACCCAUACUCUUGGAAGGAUGACAACAUCACAGGAACAGUAGGAUCUGUCUCCCUCACCAGAAUGAACGGCUCCGUCAUUCCUGUGGAAAACUUACCUGAAGAGAUCGAGAUUCUCUUACCAAGGCUGGAUGUCGGGCAGCAGAACAGCACAGUCCUGGACCUUGCCAAUUUCAGCACAUUAAUAAUUGAUGUCCCCUCGCCGGAUGUAACACUGGUGCUGAAAAUGGAGCCAUCUGAAGACAUCUCCUUCAUGCUAUUCCUGGGAUACAAAGAUUAUCCAAAUAGUGAGAAUUAUGUUGCCAAGACUCAAAUCCCACUGGAGAAUUCUAAAGAAGAGGAGAAAUACACCUGGGUGCUGAGUCCUAAAGACAGGACAGGAGAUGUUGGAGUUCAUUACCUUGUCAUGAAGCCCAUCGUAGAGCCAGGGGUCAGAUCCAUCAAUGCUACAGUCAGUGUUGUUUCCAUUGCUGCUCAGUGUAAAUACUGGAACGAAACUGGGUCUACUUGGAGUGAGGAUGGCUGCAGGGUUGGGCCCCUCACCACGCCGCUUGUCACUCAGUGCCUCUGUAACCACUUGACUUUCUUCGGCAGCUCUUUCUUCGUCAUGCCAAACCUGGUGGACGUUUCACGCACUGCGGAACUUUUUUCUACAUUCUCAAACAAUCCUGUGGUGGUGUGUUUUGUUGGCGCCAUCUUUGCUGCUUAUUUCCUGGUGGUUGUGUGGGCACGAAGGAAAGACAUCCAGGACUCAGCCAAGGUGAAGAUAACAGUACUGGAGGAUAAUGACCCCUUAGCUGAGUAUCGUUACAUUCUGAACGUGAGCACAGGGCACCGGCAUGGUGCAUCCACCUCCUCUCAGGUGGCAAUAACUCUGCAGGGCACAGAGGGAGAAAGCGAGCCUCACCACCUGACAGACUCUGAGAAGCCGGUGUUUGAGCGGGGUGGGGUGGACAUGUUUCUGAUGACAACACACUUCUCCCUCGGUGAGCUGCAGAGCGUCAGGCUGUGGCACGACAACUCAGGAGCGCAACCUGCAUGGUAUGUGAACAAAGUCAUGGUACAGGAUCUGGAGAGUGGUCAGAAAUGGCACUUCCUAUGUAGUUCCUGGCUGGCUGUAGACGUGGGAGACUGCACUCUUGACAAAGUCUUUCCAGUAGCCACAGAGAUGGAUCUGAAGAGGUUCAGUAACCUGUUCUUCAUGAAGACAGCUAAGGAUUUCCGUGACGGUCACAUCUGGUUCUCAGUGAUCAGUCGGCCUCCGUGCAGCACUUUCACUCGUGUGCAGCGAGUAUCCUGCUGUUUUUCCCUUCUGCUGUGCACCAUGCUGACCAGCAUCAUGUUUUGGGGCAUCCCUACUGACCCUUCUGAGCAGACCAUGGACCUGGGUCACAUUGAGUUCACCUGGCAACAAGUAAUGAUUGGAAUUCAAAGUUCAAUCAUCAUGUUUCCCAUCAAUCUCCUCAUUGUGAGCAUCUUCAGAAACACUCGGCCUCGAGAGAAGAAGGCUGCCAAAACAGACGCAUCCAAACAGGCGAAGACUGGUCGGGUGUGUCCCUCACAGACCUCUUCCCCUCAGAAAGAGCUGAAGGACAUCACACCAGACACUGUGAUCAAAGAUAUUAAGAGGAUUGCUCAGUCUCUCUCUAAGGCCAUGAAGAGUCCGCUGCCUGAUCUGCAGCUCCGGCUCGGUCAGCAGGUGGACAUCAACACUCUGCUGUCUCUGGUGGAGGACAUUAUCAGACAGCAGAACAGGGCGGCUGGAGACUUUUACACGGACAGUGUCAAGAAUGAUCGCUCCAUGAUCCUCAGUUUGGGUGCAGUCAAUCUCCAAGAGAACAUUGGAUGGAGCAGCCCAGAGAAGACCUCUGAUGAUGCUCAGAGGAAGACCACCAACAGCAGGUACCUAUACAGGCAGCUGCGACAUGUUGAGAAAGAGCUGGAUAUGCUGGGACCUUCUCGUUUCCCAAAUCCAGGCAGCUAUAACCGAGCCCUCCAGCAAGUUCAGGGGAUGAAGGGUCUCCUGGAGUUCCACCUCCCCUCGUCAAGCCUGGAAGGAGAACAGCUGGACCGCAGUCCCAGUCCUGAAGAGACUGAGGAUGGAAAAUCCAGCAAGAAGUGCUGCCAAGGCGGGCUGCCAUGGUGGUUUGUGUUUGUCGGCUGGAUGCUGGUGAUUGCAACCAGCUGUGUGUCGGGAUACUUCACCAUGAUGUACGGGCUGACGUACGGGAAAGACCGCUCCAUUAGCUGGCUGAUCUCCAUGGUGGUCUCCUUCGUUGAAAGCCUCUUCAUCACUCAACCUCUGAAGGUUCUGGGGUUUGCUGCGUUCUUUGCUCUGGUUCUAAAGAAAGUUGACCAGGAGGAGUAUGGAGAGCCUCAGAUAGAUGAUAGUCUCGGAAACACAGAUGAUCCAGACAUGGUCCGCGCAGCCAGAAGAGACAGCACUUGUAGUUUCUAUCAGCCACCACCUCCCACUGACAUCGAGAGGAUGAGGAGCAACAUGAUUAAAGAACAGAGAGUCUUUGCCCUCAUCAGGGAGAUUCUUACCUACAUGGGAUUUAUGUGGAUGCUGCUCCUGGUGGCGUACGGUCAGAGGGACCCCAACGCUUACUUUCUGACCCAACACAUUCGACAGAGCUUCAGCAGAGGGGUCUCAGACAGUAUGAGCAUUCAGGGUGUGUUUGACUGGGCAAACACAACUCUGCUGAGCAGCCUGUUUGGAGAGUACCCAGGAUUCAUCACAGAUGGAAACUCUAAGCUGGUGGGUAGCGCUCGCCUUCGCCAGGUGAGGGUGCAAAAAGACUCCUGCACUGUGGCCCCCUCUAUGCAGCACUCAUCAAAAGACUGUCACGCCCCAUACUCAUGGGAGCUGGAGGACAUGGGCUCCUACACCCCAGGCUGGAGUGACCUCCUGCAAGAUAACUCCACUCUGAACCUUGAAAGUGCCUGGACGUACCAGUCUCAGGGAAAACUGAGGGUUCUGCCCAUCUGGGGCAGCGUGAGGCUCUACAGAGGAGGAGGGUUUGUGGUGGAUCUGGGGCCAGAUUUACAAAAUUCAAGCAGAACCCUUCAGUACCUUUACGACAACACCUGGUUUGACGUGUACACCCAAGCCAUCUUUGUGGAGUUCACUGUGUACAACGCUAACGUCAACCUCUUCUGCAUUGUUACACUCUUGCUGGAGACCACAGCCAUAGGAGCUUUCCAGUUUCGCAGUGAGCUUCAGAAUGUGCGUCUUUACCCAGCGACCGGCGGCCUUCACAUCUUCGUCAUGGCAUCUGAAGUCAUCUACUUCCUUUUUGUCAUCUAUUACAUGUUUGUCCAGGGAAAGCUGAUGAAGCAACACAGAUGGGCUUAUUUUAAGAGUAAGUGGAACCUGCUUGAGUUGGCGAUCAUCAUCCUCAGCUGGAGUGCAUUGUCCGUCUUCAUCAAGAGGACUCUACUGGGAAUAAGGGACGUGGAGUACUACCAGAACAACAGAGAUCAAUAUGCUAGUUUCCAUGAGACAGCCAAGGCCGAUGCAGCGCUUGGGUAUCUGAUUGCCUUCUUGGUGCUUUUAGCUACAGUCAAACUGUGGCACCUGCUGAGACUGAACCCGAAGCUGCACAUGAUCACGGCCACACUGCAGCGAGCAUGGACUGAUAUUUCAGGCUUCCUGGUGGUCAUGACCAUCAUGUUCUUGGCCUACUCCAUCGCUUCUAACUUGAUGUACGGCUGGAAGCUGUACUCCUAUCGAACUCUGCUGGAUGCUGCAUUGACGAUGAUCAGCCUGCAGCUUGGCAUCUUUAACUACGAAGAGGUUCUAGAUUAUAAUCCAGUGAUUGGUGCCUUCCUUAUCGGCACCUGCAUCGUGUUCAUGACCUUUGUGGUGCUGAACCUCUUCAUCUCUGUCAUUCUGGUGGCAUUCAGUCAAGAGCAGAUCCAUCACAAGCCAUCAGAGGAGGAAGAGAUUGUGGACCUGAUGUUGAUGAAAAUCUGCAGUUUGUUUGGAGUUAAAUGUAAGAAACAAGGCGGCGAAGGCCAAACAGAGGGGCCAGGUGUUUCAUCUGCUUCAAAUAACGGACUCUCGACCAUUUCUUCUGGGAAUUUCCACGAUGGCUGAAACAUUCUUCCACUCAGAUUCAAAAAUUGCUUGCCAUAAUGUGCUUUGUGGUUGCUUUUCACUGAAUGUUGCAAAUCUAAAAACUACUGGCAUUCUCUCUAACUGCUGCAUAAUUGUCCUAUUACAGGAAAAGGCAAAAAGAAAGUGAGAAUAACCCUUAUGUGAAGUACUGAUGCACUGUAUUUAGGCUGUAGUAUAUUUUAAUAAAUAAAUAGAUGCUUGUUCUGUGAA